ACAGAGGGAGGGAGUGGACAGCAAGCAAAAGAAGGCAGAAAGAAGAGAAGACGCAACCAGCAAAAGAGAGCAGGUACCAUGGGCAGGCAUGCACCGGAAGGCAAGAGAGACGGGUGGACUUGUUGGUGGGUCUUGCAAAGGAAUUGGCUCAGUCUCACGUGGGCGCAAAAAAGGCACAGAAGGAAAAAAUACUUCGGCAACAACCUCCAACACCUAGCCCCAGGAAAAGGGAGGAUGAAGGCCCCCGCAGGACUCUUCUCUGCCUUGGUACUGCUCCUUUUGAUAACAGCGACGCUAGGCCAGAGGACGCGGCCGAGAAAGCCCACCAGGCGCCCGGCCGUUCCGAGGCAGCCCCCCGCCCCUCGGGCCGAGCCGCAGGAACCGACGGACGUCCCGCCGCUCAUCCUCGGCCCGCCUUCCCCUUACCCCGACUGCCCCAGGGAGUGUUCGUGCUCUCCAAGUUAUCCCAACUCUUUGAACUGCGAAAACCGAAAUAUCCGUACCGUCCCGGUCAUCCCUUCCAGAACCCACUAUCUGUACCUUCAAAACAACUACAUCACAGAGGUGACGGCAGAACCUUUUAGGAACGCCUCAGAAGUUCGCUGGAUCAACUUGGCAAACAAUCGCAUCCAUCGAAUAGACAAACAGGUGUUCCAGAAGAUCCCCGCUCUCUUGUAUCUCUACGUUCAACGUAACCAGCUGAAAGAGGUGCCCUCUGGCCUCCCGGCAAGUUUGGAACAGCUCCGCCUGAGUAAGAAUCGAAUUUCCAAGAUACCCGCGGGUGCCCUCGGUAAGAUGGGAAACCUGACCCUUCUUGACCUCUACCACAACCAGCUGAGUGACGGUGACCUGGGCAAAAACACCUUCAAGGAUUUGUCUAACCUGAUGCAGCUGAACUUGGCCCACAAUGUGCUCAGGAAGAUGCCCGCCGGUGUCCCUAACAGCCUCAUACAGUUAUUCCUUGACAAAAAUCGCAUCGAAGACAUCCCAAAAGACUACUUUCAAGGCUUCUCUCACCUGGCCUUCGUGAGGCUUAACUACAACCAACUGAGUGACAAAGGCGUCCCCAGAGCCGUGUUCAACAUCUCCACCCUGCUGGAUUUGCAGCUCGCUCACAACCAACUGGCCUCCAUUCCUCUCUUCAGCGCUCACCUGGAACACCUCCACCUCAAUCACAACACUAUCGAGAAUAUCAACGGCACGCUGAUCUGCCCGCGUAGCCUGCAGGAAGACAUGAGCGACCCCAGCCAGAUUCCUAGACUAAGGUACCUGCGUUUGGAUGGAAAUCAACUCAGCCCCCCCAUACCGCUGGAUGUCAUCAUGUGCUUCAGACAUCUUCACUCCAUCGUGAUUUAGGGAAACACUUCCUUGAGGCAAGCUUACACACGCUUACACACCCACGCACUGGAUCAGUGUGCUCAGUCAUGCCCCGGGCCAUCCGUGAAACUCUCCAGGUGAUACUUUGACAUUUUGGAAGGUUCCAUAGUUUCACUGAUUUCACACGUGAGGACUGGCCAAAUGAUGUUAUAACACACUUUAACUGUUUCUAGGAAUUCUUCAGUAUAUACAGUAUCACACGUGUUGUUGUUUCAUGAAAAUUCUGAAGACAUGCUUGAAAAUAAAGACACAUUGACAGGCACGCUACACCAAAGUAGUUUGUAGGUUCACACGUAUGGAAUUGGGGGGGGCCUAGUUAACAACUGUGUAGUUGAAAGUCUGCCAAAUGUGCCUGUUCUUUCAAGUCAUUGUAUAAUGCUUUGUACAAAUAAUAAUUAAAUCAACAGUGUCUUUUACCUUCUGUUCUUUUUAUUCAUUUUUUACAAGGACUGUGCAUAGACUUCAUAAUUGUAUUGACGGGUCACAUAUGUCAGCCAAUGCGCAACACCUUCAAGUAGGGGGCCGUCCUACAGUCGGUCACAGUUAGUCAACACAUGUAGCGAUCCAUCGCCGAUUUAGGUUAAAAAAGUACGAAAGCUGGACCACAUACAGAUUGUCUCCGGAGUGAUUUGUUUGAGGAUUCAAGGUCAUUAUUUAACUUUUCGUACCAUGCGUGCAUUUUUAAACAUUGUGAAAAAAAUCAAUGGGAGGAUUCAGCCGCUACAGCAUUGGCAUUAUACUUUGCAACAUUUAUGUAAAAUAAUGCUAACUGCACGUUUUUUGUUUUGCUUUUAACCAAGAAUCGAGACGGUUUUGCGUUCAUAUAUAUAAAAAAUUCAGGGAUUCAAGCACUUGUUCGCAAGAAUUUUCCCCGGAAAAGCUCUGUAUACAUAUGGUGGCCGCCACAUUGACUAACAGACUAGCAUCAUACUUUGACAUAUUUACGUAUAAUAAAUGCUAUAUAAAUAGACAAUGUUGUCGACAUUAAAGUGCAAGUAUAGUUUACACAGCGUCAAGCUUUCUAUUUUUUCAUUGUGGCAAUGAAUGGGUGUCUUUGCAAAACAGGUAUGACUGGGCAGAAAGUGAAGCGUGGGAAAUGACAACAUCACUCGCGGCACAACAAAAGCAGAUACACUUACGGCUAACGGCUAACAACAAUAACAUUACGGUUUAUGUGUGACGAAAAAAAAAAAAAAAAGAUUGCAAUUGUGUAAAUUGUAAGGU